GAUUGGCAUUUACCUUACUUGUCUAUUGCACGCCCAGAUACCAACCACAUUGUCCUGCCACGCUUCCAUCUUGCUCGCAGAACUUUCUGCACCGCUUGGAGUCUGAUCAGAGGUUGAAGAUGUCGGUCGGCGUGCUAGUCCCCAUGCUGGAGGUUCCUCCGUCCCCUUCCACGCCAGGGGGAAGCACAUCCUGCGCAGAUGAGUUGAGGCGGUCUCCUCGGCCGUCAUUGGCGGAGUUGAAAGAGAUUGAAAGGCUGCAAGAGGAGGCUGCACGCUGCAGUCUCGCUCAAUUGGCAGAGCCAGUCCUGGCAAAUGCACUGCUCAAGUUUGACACCAAUGCAUUCGGCCAGUCCUUCAGGGAUUAUAAUGCUCACAACGUACGUUACAACACGGUGAUGGAGACCUACCGAUUGAACCAUGUCAACCAGACGUAUGACUUUGUGUUGCGGCAGGAAGAGAAGUACACCAAGCUGCAGAACGGCAGCAUGACUGUAUGGGACGCCUGUGAACUGCUAAAUGGCAUGGUGGAUGAGAGCGACCCGGACCUGGACGAGCCACAGAUUGAGCACCUGCUGCAGACCGCUGAGGCCAUCAGGAGGGAGUUUCCGGACGACGAGUGGUUCCACCUGGUUGGCCUGAUCCACGACCUGGGCAAGAUCCUGUCGCACCCGCGCUACGGGAACGAGCCGCAGUGGGCCGUGGUCGGCGAUACCUUCCCCGUCGGCUGCAAGCACGCGCCGUGCAUCGUGCACAGUCACUUCUUUGCGGACAACCCGGACAGCCAGGACGAGCGAAUGAGCAGCGAGGCGGGGCUGUACGAGCCGGGGUGUGGGCUGGACAAGGUGCACAUGUCGUGGGGGCACGACGAGUACAUGUACCAGGUGAUGAAGCUGAACGGCUGCACGCUGCCGCCCCAGGCCUUCUUCAUCAUCCGCUACCAUUCCUUCUAUGCCCUCCAUCGCGAGAACGCGUACCAGCACCUCCUCAACGACCACGACCGCGAAAUGCUGACGUGGCUCAAACGGUUCAACAAGUUCGACUUGUACAGUAAGAGCAAGACCCGGGUUGACGUGGCGGAGUUGAAGCCGUACUACAUGGGGCUCAUCAACAAGUACUUCCCAGCGGUGCUGAAGUGGUAGAGCGUGACCACGUCAGCAAAUAAGCGCUCGCUUGAAGGCCAGCCAGAGCCAGGCGGGUUUGCCAUAUUGGGAGCAUCCGACGUGAGCGUACUCGGGUUGUGUUUGAACGCUUUAUAUUUCGAUCUGAGACGAAGGUAUGGAUUUGGUGGAUUGCUAUAAACGGCACUGCUAUUAUUUGGAGUCAAAACGGUGAUUUGAGGUUCUUAAAAGCGCGCCCCAGCGGCAAGCCCUGCUUUUAAAGACCAAGUUGGUUCGACCAAGUUGGUUGGAGCGAGAUUGAUUGUCAGCGCAGGUAGUUCAGUAGUUCCUUAUUCCGUUUUAGUGCAAUUGAAGUAGCUACAACGAGAAUUUUCGAUCAAUCAUAGCAGGCACGGCGGCGAACCAUAGCAAGACAGGAGCGUACAUUGAAGUAGCUGCAGAGUAGACUGAACGGAGGGGGAGUAGAGAGACUCACGACGUCGCAUAAGCGUUCGCAAAUCGUAACGACCUUGGACAGC